GACCCUGCCGGAAAGGAGCGCGGUGGGGGAAGGAGUUCGGGACGGACUACCCCUCCUCCAGGACAUCGACAGGUAACAGGAGCCAUGUAGGAGGAUUCCAGAGCUGCACAUCAGCAAGGCCAGCUUUCCUAAUGGAAGAGACUCCCCAAGGGACAUUCCAAGAUGAGCUGGAGUGGUGUAUUUUGCAGCUGGAAACAGGCCUCCUUCGUCUCAAUCCAACCCCAGAACAAGCAGAGGAGACACAGCACAUCCUCAAAGUCCUGCGCUCCCGCAAGGCUGCCUUUGUGAAGAAGCGGCAGGUGAUGAACCGCGUGUUUGGGGAUUACCGACUGAAGAUGGCCGAGGAGCAGAAGAGGAUGGAGAAAGCAGCCAUGAAACCUGGGAAAGCACAAAUACAGCAAGGGAAUGUGCAGGUUUCAGGGAGUGUGGGGUAUAGGAAGCGAUCUGGACAGACCUCCAAGUCAACAACAAACUGGUUCACACCAUCUGAUAAUAGCUUCCGAUUCAGCUUUGCACUUCCUGAGAUGGAUCCACAAGCAACCAAUGGAACUAUGGAAGAGGCACAGGGGGUAGGUGGCUCUGAACAGAGGCCCUCAGAACUAGAAGAUUUGAGUGGAGCGUUGAACUUUUCCACCCCUGGACAAGAGCCCAAGUUUGCUUUCAAUUUUGUCAUCCCAGAUAAAGAUGGUCCCCUGAUGCCAUCUGUUGUUACAGGUCAAAGAGCGGAGAGUGUAGCAGAAAAUGUGACAUCAGGUGGCUUAUCUGCAGGACCAAUGACGCAUUCAACCCUGUGGGAGGCUAACAUGCCUGAGGUUGUGGGCUGUGUGGGUGGAGGAUUGGGGAGAAAGGUUCUCGUUUUAGAGACCCCAAAACCAGAGAUCGCCGCUAAAGAUGAGGUUAAGGCAGAGAAGACAGCAGCAACUGGAGCACCCAAGAAGAAUAAGAAAAAGAAAUCAUCAAAUAGUAAGAAGGAGAUGGCGGAAGCUGAGGUCAGCAAGAAGGUGAAGGUGGGAGCCAGUGGGUGUGAAGACACAGAUUUGUCCCUCCAGGACAAGACCACACAGCAGUCAGAUAAACAGCUGUGGAGGGAAGUGGACUGGUGUGUGGAACAGCUGGAACUUGGCCUGAAGACACAGAAAUCCACUCCAAAACAGGCUGAAGAAGCUCUUCGUGCCAUCAAGACACUACGCAGUGACAAGGCCGUGCUGGCAAAGAAGCGUCAGGUCAUGCGAGCCAUGUUUGGAGAUUACAAGAAGAAGAUGGAGGAGGAGAGACAGAAACAGCUGAAGCUUAUGCAGGCAGCUGCAAAGUCUGCUCAGGUCAUGGAGGUGAGGGAGAAUGCCCGCAGAAAGAGCAGCCAGGUCUUCCGGAAGUGUUCAGAGGCGUCCAGGAAAAGCCCAAGUUCUCAAAUACUCAUGCCCAUCGCCAACAGUGCCAAACAAAAGGACGACGAAGUUGGACUGGGGACGAUCCUCUUUGAGAAAAGCUGCAGACAGACACCGAUUGGAAUCCUAACACCGGUCACUACCCCGGCACCAUCCCACAUUGAGGGACCAGUCACAUUCCUGGAGCAAAUCAUCGAGGCACCACUCCUCUCGCGAUACCACGGCACGAGUGGGGACCCUUCUCAUGAGCGGCUUCUAGCCCAGGAGGUACAGUGGCUCCUAAAGGUCGGAGCUGUGGAGGAGGCUCCUUUGGAGUUGAGAGGCAAGGGGUUCUACUCACUCUACUUCCUGAUCCCCAAGGCCAACAGGAAUCUCAGACCCAUCCUAGACCUGUGGAACCUCAACAAGUUCAUGAAGAAGCUGAAGUUCCAUAUGGUCUCCCUGGCCUCGAUUAUCCCUUCCUUAGAUCCAGGGGACUGGUUUGCCACCCUCGAUUUGAAGGAUGUGUACUCUUGCAUAGCCAUCCUCCCAGGGCGCAGAAAAUACCUUCGGUUUGUGGUAGACCACAAACACUAG